AUGCGGUGGACAAUUGCAGUUGUCGUGUUGGUUAAUAUAUCGCUGUCCCGCGAGGAAUGUUUUCCCCCUCGGUCCAUUUACUGUUACGAGUGCGACAGCGCCAAAGAUCCUCGCUGCAAAGAUCCGUUCAACUACACAGCCAUGCCUCAAGAUCAACCGCCACUGGUCAGCUGCAACGGCUGUUGCGUUAAAAUGGUCCGGUACGUGCGAACGUCAUACGAGAGCAUCAAGAGAACGUGCACGUCACAACUGCAAAUCAACCUGUUCAUGGUUGACCACGUGUGCAUGAUGGAAGGAACGGGAACGGGACACAUGUGUUUCUGUGAAGAGGACAACUGCAACGCGGCCACCGGACCGGCACGGUCAUCGGCGUUAGUGUCUGGUGCCGUAGCCCUUGCAAUGUACGCUCUUAAACUGCUGUUGUACCGGUAG